CGGACGGCGAUCGUGCGCGUAAAAAGUUGUCUCUAAACAAAAUUUUCCGUGUGUUUUUCACGCCUUUUCGCCGCGGAAAAUCCCCAAGGGUGAACCCUCAAUCACUGGUGUAGUGUCAGAUGAUCUCUUGAGCGCUACGCCCAGGGUAAAGUGCGCAUUUAUGGAUUCGAGUGCAAUGGAGCACGACAAAACAGCCACCGCUGAGGAGCCGCCGGAAGUGCGGACACUGGAGCCUCCGCCCCAAGUCAGGGCACCAUCGCGACGCCGCCGCUCCUCUCCGUCCGCCGCCGGUGUGAAACUGAGGCGCACCAGUGGCCCGGCGAGAACAACUGCGCGCGGUUCUGGAGCGCCUGAAGAGAUCCUUCCGGACGCAACGUUCGAGUUGGACGUGGACAUGAUGGUGCACGAUUUUGAUGAUGAGCGCACCCUCGAAGAGGAGGAGGAGCUGGCCAAGGCGGAGUCUGAGGAUCCGAACGCCGAGCUGUCCACGCUGCAGAUGGAGUCCGAGAUGCCUCUGGAUGAGGUGCUGAAGAUGUACAAUUGCCAGUACUCACGGUCUGGCUCGGAAGCGGAGAGUGACGUGGCGUCGAUUUCUAGCGAGGAGGAGGAGGAGGAAGCACAGUCUGCGCUCAGGAAGCUCUAUCCUGAGAUGCCGGAUUCAAGUGGCGCCACGAGAAAAGACUGUGAUGACGACGAGGAGUCUCUGGGGGAUGAUGACUCGGCGCAGAAGGAUUUCCUGCUGGGCCACUGUCAGAUUGUCAUGGUUGGAGCGAAGUGGCAGGCCACAAUUCCCGAGGGGCUCACGCCGUAUGACGCAGAUAACCUUCCUGAUGAGGACAAGUUGUUGUGGGAUCCCACACCGGUGUCGCCGGAGGCGGUGGAGGGCUUCCUGAAGCGGGCCGCGGACACCGAAGCGGGCCAGAGGCAGAGCCAUGCCGAGGGUGAUGAGAAUGGCAUGGAUUUGGCCGCUCUGCCGCGUGGGAUUCACUUGCGUGACAGCGAAGCAGCGCUCUAUUCACUCCUGCACGCCAAAUACGAUCCCGAGAAUGCUCUCAGCAACCUCCAGACGAGUGUGUCACCCACGGCGAGCCGCCCGUGGUCGGAGGAGGAGUGCCGGCUGUUCGAGGAAGGCAUCCGCGCGCACGGAAAGGUGUUUCGCAGCAUUCACGAGGAUUUCCUGCCGCAUCGGCAAGUGCCAGAGUUGAUUGAGUUCUACUAUUUGUGGAAGAAGACAGAGCGGCACGAUGUGUUUGCCAAUGCGGAUCGGCUGCAGAAGAAGAAGUACAAGUUGAAUCCGGGAGUGCCGGACUUCAGGGAGGAGUCGCCGGGAGCCACUUCGCUCAUUCAGUUCGACUCGAAGCGACUCCAGCCGAGGCGACAGGCCACACUGGGCGCCAGGGAGGAUGUGGAGUCCGCCGAGGUGAAGCGGGAGGAGGUGGAAAUGGAGCACAACUGA